UGGACAAAGAGUUCAUGUUUUUCAGAAAAGCUUGAAGUUAAAGAAUGGCCCAAAUGACGUGGUUUUCAGCGUCACCACACAGUACCAAGGCACCUGCCGCUGCGAAGGCACCAUCUAUUUGUGGAACUGGGACGAUAAGGUCAUCAUUUCUGAUAUUGAUGGGACAAUCACGAGAUCUGAUACUCUUGGCCACAUUUUGCCCACCCUUGGGAAGGAUUGGACCCACCAGGGCAUUGCUAAGCUGUACCAUAAAGUGAGCCAAAACGGGUACAAGUUUCUCUACUGUUCUGCACGUGCCAUCGGGAUGGCAGACAUGACGAGGGGCUACCUGCACUGGGUCAACGAGAGGGGCACGGUGCUGCCACAGGGACCGCUGCUGCUGAGCCCAAGCAGCCUCUUCUCUGCCCUGCACAGAGAAGUGAUUGAAAAGAAGCCAGAAAAGUUUAAAGUCCAGUGUUUGACAGACAUCAAAAACCUGUUUUUCCCAAAUACAGAUCCCUUUUAUGCUGCUUUUGGAAACCGACCGGCUGAUGUGUAUUCAUACAAGCAAGUAGGAGUGUCUUUGAAUAGAAUAUUUACUGUCAAUCCUAAAGGAGAACUAGUGCAGGAACACGCCAAGACCAACAUCUCAUCGUAUGUGAGGCUCUGUGAAGUGGUUGACCACGUUUUCCCAUUGCUGAAAAGAAGCCAUUCUUCAGACUUCCCGUGUUCGGAUACUUUCAGUAAUUUCACCUUCUGGAGAGAGCCACUGCCACCUUUUGAAAACCAGGACGUCCAUUCUGCUUCCACAUAAGAUGUGCGAGCAGCCUGGAGCCAGCAGUGCAGAAGCCUGGGCGCCACGCAUUAAAGGAUAGGUUGUGAGCAUGCGCAGCUGCAGCUCGGGAGCCUGUGUGCCGUCGUUUGCUUAAGAGCAGCGGUGAUGGAGAAGCAUUUCUCCCCCGCCUCACCUUCAGGGGUAACACUUCGAAGUGAAAUACGGAGGGUGUAUUUGUAGGCGAGGAAUCGGGUACACGCCUAGUGUGGAAAGCAUUCCUUGGUUGUGGCUUAAUGCCCAUUCCAACACUGCAUUCUCAAUCCGCUGCAGAGAUUAGUUAUUGCUUAAUGUGCAGUGUGGGCUUGUGAAACCUGAGCAGAAGGUGGCUGUCCAAGGGCUGUCCCGGCUAAUGACAGUGUCAAUUGAGCCAGCUGUGCACGGUUUUUGGUAGAAGAGGGGGCACAUUUCCAUUAUAGCAACGUUAGUGCCACUUUCUUCUGCGCACAGCUGGGAGGGCUGUGAAGGGUGACAUGUCCUGGAUCUGAGGUCCCUGAAGGGAAUUCAGACCUCACUGGGUCUGGGCCUUGGCCUUGGCCUUGGCUUUGGCCUUGUAGAUGUUUCCUUGCAGUAUUUGCUGACUAGUCUCAUUUUUAGGUGAUAAAUUCUUUUUUAAUUCCUUUGGUUAAAGAUAGUCUAUGUAAUUGGCAUAUUUUCCCCCAUUUUUUUGUGGCUCAAGGCUGGAAUAUUUAUGCCUUAAUGCAUCUGCGGCAGAUAUUUUAUUUAGAAUGUGCUGUGUUUAGCUCUUGGUAACUUUGUAAUGCCUUAAAUUAAAAUGAUAGUAAAUAUUAGUAAGGCAGUGUUUUGGAUCAGUUCAACACUCUGCCAGCAUCCUUUUAUCCAGCGAGGUGGUGCUGAUAACAUGGACUUGCACAGAGCUUAUGCCAAAUGAUGAUGAUGUCAGUUUUUGGGGGGAGCGCUCAAAAGAAACUACUUGAUUUUAAGAAAAUAGUUUCAAGAAAUUAAAUUAUAUUCUUUGUAGAUAUUAUUUAUUUACUCUGAUUGGGUUCCUGUUAGAAGCAUUUUAUCCAUAUUCCUUCUAUUGCAACUGUCACUAAUACAUUAAAAAGAUAUGUGUUAGACUAUCCAAAGAGCACUAUUCUAUAAUUCCAUACACUGGACUUCCUUUUGGAAUUUAUGAGUAAUUUAUUUUCCUUAGCUUUUCUCACUCAAAUUAAGAGAAAGUUAAAAAAUAAUGAUUUGAGUGACAUUCUUUAAGCUGUGAGAAGGUGAUUCUUUUACUGGUUAUUUAAAUUGGCCUGUAAAGAGAACAGUUAAGUAAAAGAAUUACUUUGGUUAAAGAUCUUGCUUUACUUUUUGAAAUAUUAUUUUUUUAAAGAGUAUUUUAUUCCAAUGAUUGAAAUGCUUUUCUAUUUAAAUUUCAUGGUUAGUCAUAGGAGGCAAAAAAUAGGACAGUUGAUUGAAAUUUUACUCUUUCUGUGAAAGAAAAUCCAGAGUUGUUGCCUCCCUUGUAGCUGGGUGGCUCUGGUAGCAGCGAAUGCCUUUGCUGAGCCAUUCAUGUGAACAAGCAGAGAGAAGCCAAUAAGACGUGUGUCAUUGAUCGCAGAGUCACAUAGAAACAUGGACAUGCAUGUGCAGAUUCCGUUUUGGAGGUAUAAAAAUAAUUAAAAAUAGUCCUGCCUUAACUAAGUCCUCUGAGCUUGUUUAUUAGUGACCUUUGGAGGCUGCGUUAAUUCUUUCUGCCACAAUGAUAUUUUUGAAUGAACUAAGUAUCAGCUCACGGGCCUACAGUUUCUCCUUUGCACCUGUGAGGAGCUUUGGUGGCAAGAGUGGGUGCAUAUCCCUCAUGCAAUUCACCCUUCAUCAGGAUGACCCUCUGUAGUCCUUUCUCCAAGUGGAGGUUUGAGAGCAUGCUCCUUGAGACCCCUAAUUUUGAUGUACCUUUAACUUCCACAUUACUGCACCCUGAAACAGAUCAUGCCUUUCCAAAAGUCACACUCUCAGAUCUGUGUCAAGUUCAGUGUGAGCCCUGGUGAGGCUGCUUUAUAAACACCUGCCUUGUGGCUUCUGAAAGUGAGAUUUGUAUAUGAGCUGCACUCAUGCAUAUGUGAGUUGGUUUAUCUGUGUGUACAUGACUAUAACCUGUGACACUGAGUUCAUGUGCUCGAAUGGUAUAUUUGGACCAUGCAUUUCAGAGUUGCCCUAUGGAAAUGAAUCAGUCCAUAGUGACAACUCAUCAAAUGUUUAUCACAUGUGAUGAAGAAAAAUGUAUACCUGGCAUAUAGAAAAAUAUAUACCUGGCACAUUGGAGAAAAAUGAUUACAACUUCAAAGAGAAUUCCCUUUUCAAUGUUAGGUUCUGAUCACCACUUUAAAUACAUUUUAUUUACAACGUUUGAUCUGUAUUUGUAUAUGCUGGUGUGAUGAUAAAAAUCACGGCGGUACUUCAUUGUGUCGUGCUAGAUGCAAAGCUAGAAAAUAUUGUAAUAAAUGAGACUGAUGAAAGACUUCUCUGAAAAUCAGGCAUGUGAAUUUUAAGUAGUUUUUGGUAAGUCAUUAAAUUGCUGAUUUUCUGAUGUGUGUUAUCAAGCAUAUUACUCUAAAAAAAUGCUUAAGUCUAUGGACUGUUCACUAUUUGGAAUAAACAUCUUUUUUGAUGUUUUAGAUUCAAGUGGGUAAAAUACUAAUCUUCUACAUGCACUUGGGAGAGACAGGAGGGAUGAACAAAGAGAGGAGAAGGCUGCAGCCUGAGAUGACUUGGGAGCAGGGAGGUCUUAAUUAAGUGUUGUUCCUGAAGCACUACCCCGGGCCUCCAUGUUUGGCUGUGUACCAUAUGGGCUCCCCUUGCCUCCCAUCCAUUGUCCUUGUUUUUUGGGCUCUCGUCUUCUCUGUGGUAUACCCCAGAUUUGUUUUUCAUUCUGAGUGAAUCAGUCAAGAUGCUUGGCCAGUUUAAUUAUACGAGCUGAAAAUGGUCAGAAUUCCUAUUGAUUUUGUGCAUCCUUGUCAGGUUGGAGACUACCUAUUGAUUUACCUGCAUCGUCCAAGCGAUUGUGGAAUGAAUGGUCUCUAAAUGCUCAAAAUGUAGCCGCACAGAUACUAGGCUGGAUUCCUCACAAAGCCCAAAUUCAAACAGUUCACCUCUGGGCAUCUGUAGAAUUAAUGCUUGUACAUCUUUAAAAACAACCAAAAAACCCCUCUCAUUUUGUUGAGCAACAUCACAGAUUUUGUUCCAACUCUGAUUGUGGUGCGUAAGGUAAAUCGGUAAAAUAAAAAUUAGUAUAAACUAU